CUGCACCUCCUGCACCUCCUGCACCUCCUCCUCCACCACCUCCCCCCACACCACCGCUGCCUUGUGCAUGCAUGCGUGUGCGUGUGCGCCGGUGCGUGUCCUGCUGCUGGUGUUGAGAGGCUGCACCGACACUUGCAUCCGACUCCAGCUCAGAGGUCCCGGACCGACGCGCGAUGCUCUGGACUCAUUGAGAAAAGUCGUGCCGCUGGAAUGGAAAUGCGCACUCCCGCUGCGCGGCUCUGCUCCUGCACAUAGCGCUGCCCGCUCUGCUCCAGAUCUGUUUUAUGUGAAUCCAACACAAGAGGCAGGAUGACUACUACCUUAUCUCUGGUGACGUUGUGCGCGCUGGUGACGUUGGCACUGGCGUCAAAGACCGAGCGGGCCGUGCGCAUCCACUGUGAGUCCGGCCAGUUCACCCAGAACGGGGAGUGCUGCAUAGAGUGUCCACCUGGAGAGGGAGUGGUGAGGAAGUGUGGCGCCACCCAGACCGUCUGUGCUCAGUGUUUGGACAGUGAGACCUUCUCGGAGAACUACAGCCACACGGAGCAGUGCAGCCCGUGCACUCAGUGCACCGGCCUGAUGCGGAUGGAGACGCCCUGCACCGACUCCAACGACGCCAGAUGCGUCUGUAACUACAACUACUACUUCAAUAAGGUGUCUGGACGCUGCGAACUCUGCACGGUGUGCCCGGUGGGACAGGGCGUGUAUUCCCACUGUGAUCCGGAGCACGACACGGUGUGCGAGGAGUGCAUGGACGAGACCUUCUCUGACCGGGAGAGCUCCCUGGAACCCUGCCUGCCCUGCACCGCGUGUGAGGAGGGCACGGAGAUAGAGAUGGCUGUGUGCACUCCCAACAGCGACUCCGUCUGCUAUAAUCCCGACCUCCCUGUAUACACCACCCCGACCAUCAAUCCACUUGACUCGUCCUCCUCUGAUUACCCGUUCUUCGACAGCUCCAACAGCCCGUCGCCGAGUGGCGAGACAACCACACCCGGUCCCGGCUCUCCGCGCUUCCUCGGCCAUGGCCUCAACGAAAACCUCAUUCCCAUCUACUGCUCCAUCCUGGCCGCCGUGGUGGUGGGUCUGGUGGCCUACAUUGUGUUUAAGAGGUGGAACAGCUGCAAGCAGAAUAAGCAGGCAGCUAAUAACCGUGCAGCAACAAACAACCAGAUGGUGACGCCGGAGGGAGAGAAGCUGCACAGCGACAGCGGCAUCUCGGUGGACACGCAGAGUCUGCAGGAGCAGCAGCAGCAGCAGCAAGCCCAGGCAGAAGUCCAGCCUCAGCCUUCACGCUCACACACACAGGAACAGAUAGUGGUGAGAAUGGACGGCAGCCCUCCACCUGACUCACCUCCCCCUGAAAUCUGAGGAGCAGGCGGGAGAAGAAGAGGAAGAGGAAGGCGAGCCGUCAGAGCUGGGGACGUGGAGAAGAGGGCUGGGGACUUCAACUGUGGACCUACGUUUAAAGCAGGGGAAAGGAGCCACAAAGAGAAUCAGACCUUGAUCUAGAACUGAAGGGACCCCAGAGACAGCGUCUGAUUGACUUGGACCUUCCAGCACCUUCGGGCCAGCGUGUGACUCAUCCCCGCAUAUCCAGUCUGACUCGUCACUCAGUUUGAUGAUGAACUGUAACAACCGUCUGAACCAGUGUUGCACACAUGUAUGCCAUUUCACAUUAACAGACGUGUAACAAGAAUCCUCAGUAGCCGCCGGUUUAACGGUUUUCCUUCUCUAAGCUUCCCAUUUUACUUUAAAAAGAGUACUUUUCUGUCUAUUUACCUUUCAGGCACUACUGCUGUCAUGACAGCUGAUCGUAGAAUUUAAAUUCCAAUUAUGUUUCCUCUGCAUCAAAGAGACCGGAGCAGCUUCCUUCUCUCAUAUCUUUCUCUGUGGCAUCCUGCUCUUAGAUAAUCCUCAGCUCCUCUGCGCAGGAUUCCCUCUGUUAGACAUGCACUGUCAUUAGCGAUUCAAAAAGCAGCAGCAGCAGCAAAGUCGUGACUCGCUCCCAGCAUCUUCAGCUGAAGUUUCUUCCUGUGUCAUUUAACCACCAAUGCAUUUAUUAUCAUGUUAUAACAUGUUUGUUUGAUACUGGCAGCACCAACCGACGUAAGGGACUGAUGAUAGGUAGGAACGGACGAUUACUUUCUAGCUUGCUUAGUCAUGAACUUUCUUGCUCAGAGAGACCCCCCCCACAGUGCCUCCAGGGAUUGUAUUUCAGCCCAUACUGUGACCCACCCAGAUGAUUUUCCUCAUGUUUUGCGGUGCAGUACUUUUAUUUUGUGGCUUGAGUUACGCAGCUGAGUCAGCAGGCCGUCUCCGUGUCCCUCUGUGGACCCUGCAACACGAGAGGAGCAUCUCUGGACUGUGGAUUCGUGCUGACUCACUGCAGUGAGCUGUGUGAAGGGAAGGGGGGACCCAUCUGUGGAGCAGGAGAACCGAGCAGCCACGUCAUCGCAGCUCGUUUAACUGCUGCUUAAAUAAAUUUGGGACUUAUGAGGAAAAAAAAUCUGCUGCAAGGAAUCCCAUCUCGAAUCAUUUACGCAUUCUGAGCGGAAAAUUGGGACACCCCUCAGAGGAUGCAAACACCUCCACCGCCGCACGCCCACUCAUCACUCUUGGCACUCGCGUCAACGCAGAGCCCAUUAAGGAGACGUUCUGACAGGCAGGUAGUAAUUACCUAAGGGUUUCAGCUUCAUUUACCCUCCGCUCCUCUCUCAUCGGGAUUAAUGCUGCGGACAGCAAUGGGGCGACGCAGCCCUCGCUGGAGCCUCAGUGUGACAUUACACAUCCCUUAUCCACGUCUGGGGCCAAUGACAUUUACCACAUCUCCAUGGUGACAUAAAGCACUUAGUCCAGGCUCUCUUCUAAGGCUGGGUGGCACCUUUUAUCGUGGACGACCUCUCUCUUGUUGCCUCCCUCCAGCUGUUGCAGCAACAGUAGGAGCAGCCAGCUUUAGUACAACGUAAGAGAAGAAAACUGUGUCCAAGCCUGUCUGCAUUCAUUUCCCGUUGGGGCACACGCCUUCUCAGGAUCCUCUUGUGGUGUGACUGAGAUUUUGAAAGAAAGAAAAUUUAAGUCAACAGUGAUUAUAGAGGAAUAAGAGCAGGUAGGUGUGUUUGGGCUGUGUAGAAGGAUGCAGGUUGAUAUGAGCUGCUGUUGACAUCAACCUGAAAAUGGUGAUGAGGUAACUGAUACCCUCUUACCUUUUUGUUUUUUUAAAUUAACUAGCAUUCUUAGUUUAACAUACAGACUUGAAUUGGGGGGAACAGCUCUAUAAUAAAUCACCUGCUGUGUGAUUCGUAUAAAAACUAAAAUUGUAUCAGUGUAGCUCACAAUUCUGACUAAAAAGGUGAAGGAUACAAAAAAACGAUUAUAUACAAAAUGUUUUGUUAUUAAAAAGUUGACGAUUUGGUAAAAAAAAAAAAUGCCCCAAGUAUAGUACAAAUGAUUAUUUUUAAACCACAUCUUCAUUCAUCCGGUCUUAGCAUCUUGUUUUGGGGGCGGAGUCAACCACUUACCCCCACUUUCCUCCUCUGCAGGCCGUUCUUUUGAAAUGAGCAUUAACAAUUUAUGCUGCCCACAUCUGAGGUACAUCAAAUGUAACAUGAUGUGAAGUUGGGUGGAGGAAAAGGGGAGUAUUCUCCUUGGAUCUGGGUCUGUGAUGUCACAAAUCUGACCGGCUCAUUGAAUGAAACAUUUUCGGACCCAGACCUUCCAAAGCUCCUGGGUUAUGUUUUGUGGGGGCUUCCCAGUUGGCAAUUACUUUAAAGCACUCAAAUAAAUGCUUUCAAACACAGUCAAAGGGACUUUUUGUCCAUAAUUUGUCCCCUUUAAGGAAAGAAAAUAUAUCUUGAUGUGUCGGCUGUACUCAGAGCUUUGCAAUCGGUAGGAAGUGCCACACAGAGAAAAAGAAAAGCUGUGAAAGUGAGUCACGGCGAUCGAUCACAUGGUCACCGACUCCUCCAGACAAUUAAACUCCCUGGCCCUCUCACUUGUGAUUCAUUAAUGGAAACAGAUAAAACUUUGCAGUGCUUCUCAGCAUUGUAGCUGCUGUGGUGUAGACAUGUGACCACGCACAAAGACAAGUGUGUGAUUCACUCUCGUGUUGAAGGAGCCGCUAUGAUUCAUCCUGGUGCCAUAAAAGCAGAGUCUGCUGCAGCAGGAGGGACCGGAGAGCUGAUUGAAAGGGGGAAGGCAAAAAAAUAAAGAAAUGUCUUGACUGCAUGUCCCCCUGAGGGCCAAUCAGUCCUUCAGUAAUACACUCAUCCUCUCUGAGCUUGACACAUUCUCUUCAUCCGACCCCCUGUGAGGGAGGAAACAUUACGAAUGUGCAGUCUGGGUCUCGGUUGAAAAAUAUGCAAGACGUGUUUAGGGAUAAACUCUCUCUGCCCUGAUUUUUUUUUAACUCCGCUUUCUGUAUUUUUUAAAUUUGUCUUCGUUUAGGUGAUACUAUAAAGAGUACCAGACUUUUGGAAUCAGUAUUUUUUUUCUAACUGAUGUUGUUUUGUAGCACUUAUUAUCAGAUGUAAUGAAUGCGCUCAAAGAGCGCACCACGGUUCAAGUGCCUGCUUUGUUCGGUGUGUUUGAGUUCAGACGUUUUACGUUUGUUUUUGGCAUUUUUUUUCCACUUAUUUUAUGUUUUACAUUAAUUUCUCUUCUCAUUUUGAAUGUUGAAGACGGCUCUCAGUGAAACGACGUCCCAACUGAGGAUUAACCUUGGAAAUCAACUGAAACUGUAAACCUGGCACUAUCUGUAGAGAUUCUUUCAGGGGGCGAAUUUAUGGUUUCUGCGUCCACCUGUGAGCAGGGCCUGCGUGAUGUUUGUCAUCCACGCCAGAAUAAAUCAGCUCCUUCUCGGAUUAGCUGCACGAAGCCCCAAAAUUUGCAACUAACAGUGUUUCAGCUUGACUGAUUCGCUGACUCAAAAAGGUACUAUUAAUAGAGUGUGGCACCUGCAGAUUCUCAACUGGUUCAUGCACACUGACACGGAAACCAUGCAGGAAGAAACAGUCAAAACAGAUCGCCAGUGAAUGAACAAAUACUGUAUAUUAACAUGCUAUAAAUAAACGAUCAUGUAGCAUUAUGAAAAGGAACUUCUCCUCUAAAACUCCUAGGUUAUUUGUUGCUAGAAAUCAGCUCUACUGUACAGAUGUUUUGCAUGUACAGUAGUUUUAUCAUGUAGUUCCAUUACAGAGGAUUACAUUACAGGCCAUGUAAUCUGCAGUAUGUUAAAGUCUAAAGGGAGGCUCGCUGUCACUCUGUGAUUUUAUUACUUGAUAGAGAUACAUCAGGACCUGCCCCCCCAAAAAAAAGCUGAAUGUCAUCUGUAGUUACUAAUGUAAAAUGCAUUCUUAGAGUUGAUACAAGAUACAAAAUAUGCUAUAAAAUGUAAAAAAAAAAUGUGUGAAGGUGAAAUGAACAUCAUUAAUAAAAAUAAUAAUAAAAAAAGAUGUAAUUGCACUUUUUGGUCCAAUUUGUCUUUGUUGCCAGCAUGAGACUCGCUGUCAUUUACAGGAAAAGAAAAAUCUGACGUUAAAUUAGUUAUUAAACAGCUCUGUAUUUUAGAGCAACAUGCAGCCAGUUGAGUCGAGAGAGUCACAGCUUCUGGUCUAUUAAGGGACUGUGAGGUGUUAAAACUUUAACGACCAAAACAAUGUGAAAUUAAGCAGUUUUAAGUU